GGUAGGAAGAGUCCAAAUGUCUUCACCUUGCAGGUUGCAGAGCUCCCAAAACAAAAAGAAAUGGCAAUCUUUCUUCUCCAUGUAGUUGCAAAGGGAAGGGAAACGCGCCACGCAGGCCUCGUUUUCUGCGUGUAAAAUGCGUGUGUUCUUUAAAAGGCAGUGGUUGGCUGCUUAUCCGGACAUGAUGUGGUUGAAGCUGUCAUCGUAAUGGAAAUUCAUUGCUGUAGCUAUGGUAAAUUGAGUUUUCUGCCUGUGCUGAAUGCAUUAGUCUAAUGAGAUGUUUGCAGCUGGAGAGCUGAGCUGCUGGAGGCUUACACUACGCUAAAAGACAGGGAGAAGAUGGCUUUUGCUGGGUCCUUGUGACUGUGCUGAAAGUCCUCUGUCCUUUGGGUCCUAAUGCCCAGGCUCUCUAAAGACUCUGCUCAGUGUCUUAGCCUAAGCAAUAGGUGUUUUGGAGCUAACUUUGGGGGAGGACGGAGCGCGGGGCUGCGAUGCCUGCGGGCACCCGGCUGGUCCCUCCCUAGCCCUCCAGCCCCCGCUGCCGCCCAGCCCGCACCCACCGCCUGCUGACAGAGGGUGAAGCCCGGCGUGUUUCAGGCAGAUGAGCAACCCACUGUGCCUGGACCCCAGCCUGGCUGCUGGGGAGAUGCAGUCCCCCAGGAUGGCAGGGAAGAAGCGAGGGAGGCCCCCGCUGCAGCCAGCACCCCUCAAGAUGGGUGUUCACAACCUCUUCUCAGCACCAGCUGGUGCUCUGCCAGUCAUGAAGAUCCCAAAGAAGAGAGGGAGAAAACCUGGGCACAAGCUGAAAUCUCGUGUCCUGAUGACUCCUUUAGCAAUCUCCCCGCCGAGAAGCACGCCGGAGCCAGAUAUUAGUUCAAUCCCCCAGGAUGCAGCUACGGUGCCCAACUCGGACACCCCACAGGCUCUCACAGUCUGCAUUUAUGUCAACAAACAAGCGAACCUGGGGCCGUACCUUGACAGAAAAAAGGUGCAGCAGCUGCCAGAGCACUUUGGCCCGGAGCGGCCGUCGGCAGCCCUGCAGCAAGCAGUGCAAGCCUGCAUCGACUGUGCACUCCAGCAAAAGGUGGUCUUCUCCCUCAUCAGACAGGGCUAUGGAGGCGAGAUGGUGUCAGUUUCAGCUUCUUUUGAGGGGAAGCAGCAUCUCCAGAGCCUGCUGGUAGUGAACAGCAUUGGGUAUGUCCUGCGCUUCCUGAAGAAGCUGUGUCGCAGCCUCCUGUGUGACAAUCUCUUCAGCAACCAGCCUUUCCAGCAGUACAGUGCCAUGACAGACAGCCCAGAGGGAUAUGAAAACAGAAGGAUGGAGGCAGCAGAGACAGUUAUACCUGAGGACUACCUGGCAGAUGCUCCGAACAGGAAGCAGUACAGUGUGGAUCCUGCCGACGCUGCCUUGGGCUCCAUGGGCUCCAUGUACGCCAUGCGGCAGAGUCCUGCAGACGGACACCCUGCUGGAGCCUCCUCUUCCUCCUGUAGCCAUCGUCCUGCCCACAUGUCUUCAGGGGGGUCCUCAUCUACUGGCCUGCACCAUCAGACCUCCAGCCCAACAAGGAAUGGGGCCUAUCUUGAAGGAAACACAAGUGCCUCAAGUCCUUCACCUGAACAACAAGAUGUAGCUCGGCCAUCAAGCAAGAACCCUUUGACCUGGACAGUGGAUGAUGUGGUUUGGUUUGUGAAGGAUGCAGACCCUCAAGCUUUAGGCCCUCACGUGGAGCUCUUCAGAAAACAUGAAAUUGAUGGCAAUGCUUUGUUACUGCUGAAAAGUGACAUGAUCAUGAAAUACCUGGGGCUGAAACUGGGACCAGCACUGAAACUGUGUUACCACAUUGAUAAGCUCAAGCAAGCCAAGUUCUAAUAAUUUCUUGAACAACAGAAUCUGAGCUAAAUCUAGAUGGAAGACUAAAGGUAACAUGUUGCCUUAUAGAAAUGCAUUCAUUUGCAGAUUGCUUUUCCUUCUUUUUUAUCAAAGACUUUGUCUUUUUUAACAUUUGUGCGUUGUCACCUUUUUUUAAUCCAAUGGGAUCUUUUGGGCUGCUUUGUGUUAAUAAUUUGCCAAGAGGUAUAUAAUUACAAUAAUUAUUUUGUAUCAUUAAUAUUAUUAUGAUUAUAGUAAGCCCUAUUUUUGUAACCACAAGUGGGAAAUCAAAACCAAACACAGCUACAGCAUAUGCAUAGGACUGCUAGAAGACGAGCCAAGAGUCCCUCACUAGCCACGGGUCCGCCUCUGAAGAGUAAUCGCAGUCCUGCAUUGCCUGGGCACCAGCUCCUCUCUCCGUGCUCAGGGGCUGGGACAGUGCAGCGUUUGUCCGAUGGAAACUGCCCCGUGUCUUGCACUAUCCGGAAAACUUGAAUUAUUCACUUAAACAAAUAAACAAAACAAAACAACAACAAAAAAAAAGAACAAAGAAAAGAGAAGGAAAAUAAUAAUAAGAAAAAAUAAUAAUUAUAAAAAAGAGGGAGGGGAAGGAUUUUUCCCCAGCUGAAGAACUUUCUCCCGCUAGAGGGAGCAGCCCCAGCAGCCUUGCGGCUGGAGCUGUGAUGCUGCGGUGCUUUCAGCCUGAUGAGCUUGGACCAUCGUGGCUCUGCUGCCGAACACGUCCAUAAACACGGCCGAGGAAUCACAGGCUCCCAGCAGCAUGCGCCCGUCACCGUUUACAGAUAAUGAAUCCAAGAGGAGCCCAAAGGCAGCGGGUGUUUCUGGCAGGAUGUUUCCCGUCACACCAAGGAGGGUGGGGGCUCCCACGGUGUCAGCUGUCAGCUCCCGGGCCGCCGCAGCCACUCCAGGAAAAAUCUGAAUUCCUGGGUUUGUUUUUGUUUGCAUCUCUCAAAAACAAGGAAGCCUGGCGGGAUCGUUCCUCACAAGGACCUGGGGGAGGCAGUCAGUGGAGUCCUUUUACAUGUAAGUAAUGCUUAUGACAAAAAUUCCUCAUUGCAUGAUGUUGUUUUGUUUUAUUUCACUUGAGAGGCAAUUAGGAAACAAACAUUAUUCUGAUUGCUGUAAUAUAGAAAUUGUUAUCUAAUUUUUAUCUUUCAAGCCUUGUCAGUGACGGUAGUUAAGCAGCUCUGCUCUGCUGAGGAUGUCAGGCCAUUUCCUCAGAACAGGCACUAAAGAACCAGAGUAUGCAUGUCAGCUGCUUCUCCAUUGGCUGCUGCUUUUAGCAUCGCCUGUAGAAAUUAUUUCACUUGCUGUUCCUUUCACAGGUCUCCCUUCAGACUGUAGCCAACCCAGUUGUAUUUUUAAACUGUUCCCAACAGGUGAGUGGACGUGCCAUACCUUUAAAAGUAACACAUGUGCCUCUUUUCUUCUUUUAAACACUCGCAGUUGGAUCAAAAGGCACUUUGGUUGCUCCAGGCAGUUUCAAUUCCUCAUGAGCUUUUACUUUUUUUUUUUUUUUUUUAAAAAGCAAGCAAGGACCUGGGGACUAUUCCUCCCUUGUCUGAGUGGUGGUUACAGGGUAUUGGGAGCACAGAGACGGUGCUCCCUGGCAGAUCAUUUUCUGGGAUCUUGCACGGCUGACCAACUCAGCCUCAGCUGCCAACACAUGCCAGCCUCGCUGCCUUCCCAUCCACCUGCCAUUGCAGCCUCUUCUCUCACACCAGCAAAUGCCUCCUUCCCCAGCCAGACCUAAUUGCAUUUCAAGAAAUGCCUCUGGGAAUGCCUCCACCUCUCUGAGCCCACUGUCUUGCUUGGCAGGCUGAGGAGUGCAGCAGCCUUUGCAGCAUCAGCAGCUUUGCUCAGUGUGAUUCAUGCAGGCAGGCACCCGUGGGACUGGCAUGUAAAACAUCACUCUGGGCUGUUAUUGGCCUUAAACUGAUGGCUGAACUUCUAGAGAUUGUCAGCAGCAUAGUUACACUUCCCUCCUUUGUAAAGAAUGGAUGGCUGUGAGAGAUUAAACAGAGCAUUAUUAGCUAAACCAGCGAUAAUUAGUAAAACAACAAAAAAAUGGUUGAUAAAGUUUUUGUGUGGCAAGAACACCACUGGAUCAGCAGCAGGCACACACCAUCCUCCAAAGGCUGGUCCUGACUGCAGCAGCCCUGGGAAGCCAUUCCUCACCCUGGCACAGCCACCCCACGGUUCAUUCCUGCCCCUGGGAUGCAGUACACCCCCAUCACUGGCUGCACAGUUUGGGGGCUGCACAAUCUCAGGAAGGAAUCUGCCAGCCCUUACUGCCCCAAAACCUACUCAAACCUCUCAGUUAAUUAGUUAGUGCCUUCUUUAUUUGCCUGCCUACUCUCUCUUUUCAUUUGAAUACCUUCUGUUUGAAAGAAAAAUGUCAUGAGGGAGAUCCCCCAGGUCCUUCAAGCAGCCUGUGAAUGAUCCCUCAGCUCACCCCACAGAGCAGAAUCUCCAGGCUCAGACAUCUGCCUGGAUACAACUGAUCCUCCCUCAGCACCAGAAAGACAGGCAAGAAUUAAAUGUCCCCUUUUUAUUAAUUAAAAUUAAAUGCUUUUCAGGCCCUUCCCAUCUCUGAACUACAGCCUCCCUCCAGGGCCAGUUGCCUGCUUCUUCCCAAAGCAGCAAGGAGGGAGACAGAGUAGGUUCCCAAAGGAACUGCCUGCUGCUGGCUGAUCCAGCAGGGCAGCAGGUGUGGAAUGACCAAAACCAGCUGCUCCCUGGUCUGAAACUGGUUUGGCUGGAGAGACGUGUCAUGCCCAGGGAUUUGGUCUGGGGGAUUUUCCUGUCAGACACAUGCAGGUUGCACCCCAAUGUUUCAGUCUGCACCUUCAGCCAGUUGCAUGUUCAGUCUGUCGCGGUGUUGAUUUUGUCUCCAAAUCCACCUUCUUGAGCUUGUGUUAUGGAACUGCUCUGCUGGCACAGGCUGCUUCCACAUCAACAGGCUUGGGGUUGCUAGGGAAGUAAGUUAUAACAAGCACAUUGAGGGUAAAAAUUCAGGGAAACUGCAGGUCAGCAAGAUCCUCCCUCCCUUUCCAGGCACUUCUGUGCAUAGAACUUUACUCAGCAGCUCCAUAAUGGGGCAGAAUGUGCUGAUUUUUGGCUGACGACAACCACACACCAUUACACCUCACCACUGGCAACUGGAUCAUAUGGAGCCAUAGGGAUUUUCCUUCUCUCACCAAGAAAUAUGGUUCUAAAUUCACACACUUUUACCAGAGAAGGCAAGCAUGUAGCUGCACACGCUGCCUCUGAUGCCUUGAAGUAGUUGCGUGCUAUUCUCCUAUCCAUGCUCCCUUCAUGGACAAUUGGAAUUCAAUUCCCUUGGAAAUCUAAAAUUUUGCUUGAAAAAGAAUCACUUUUAUUCACUGCCACGAGUUAAGUAUCAUGGAAACACGACUGCUAACAAUUUGCUUCACGUAAUUUGUACUAAUGCUAAUAAGCAACAGCUGCAACACUUCCUGUUGUAAAUUCUUUUGUGGUUGCAGCGGAAUUAUCACAUCUGUACUUCACAAAUCUGAUAGACUUGAGUACAGAUUGCUCAUUCUGGCCCCAGCUCCAGCAAAUCCCUGUGCCUCAGAAGUACAGCAACAGAAAGAUGUAUUUACAGUCUCUGUCUCCCUUCAUUCCCAAAGUCUCUGCUCCCCACCAGGUAUCUGGAGCAAGAAGGAUCAGGGCUGGGGGGAAUGUGGCAGCCUGGGGGUCAGCCAGUGCAUGCAUGGUGUGGUUGGAGCAGAUUGCUUUCAGCAAAGAUAUCAUUGGCCAGCCAGGUUUAUUGCAGUUCAAGCAGACAAGUUUUGGUCAGAGGCUAAGUACAGGAGAAAAGUGAUUUAUUAAAGAAAAAGAGAGAAAUAUGAGUGUGCAAUACACUGCCACCAUAAGACUUAAGCUGAAACCCAAGAAUCCUUCAACUGUAAUCUAAAGAAAAAUGCUUCCCUCACUCAAGACUCUAAAUAAAGCAUGUUAGGCCAAACCCAGGUCCCACUGAGGUCUGCAUAAGUUUUUCUAUUGAAUUCAUAAGGCUGGGGCUUGGCUCAUAAACCAGGUCAAGCUUCAGCCAUGUCCCAUAGUAACCAGAGCCUAACAAGCUAUUCCAUCCUCUCUUACAAAGAGUGGAGACAGCCGCUGCUGGCCAGCUCCGUUCCCCUGCUCCCAGGAGAGCUGCUAGCUUACUGGAAGAGAGUUCUUCCAGCACCUCUACCUGACCCCAACACCUUCUCCUGUUAGCUUUGCAUUUUAGCUAUGAGUUUCAUGGAAGGUGGUUUGGGUUUUCCACUUUGGAGCAAACCAAAGUCCAUGCCCUGAGGAUUUCAGCCGUGCCACCAGGCAGAAACUUGCACUGAUUUGAACAUGACUGUGCUGGGAGAUUUCCACAUGUUCCCAAAGCGAAGGCUGAGGUGGAAUUUAAAAAUAAAACUUUUCAAAAUGAGUCUCAGUGACCCACAACUUUUGGCUCCUUCAGCAUCCACCACACUUCAUCAUACUUCAGAUGGUCAGGUCUCUUGGUAGUGCCAUAAUCGGACAGGAAUAGCUCAUAGAACUUCAGAAGAGACUCCAUCUCUGACUACAGAGUCUUGCUCCUCUUGGUCUAUACGCAGCUGCCAAAAAGCAGCAUUUGGGAAGAAUGUGUGAGUGUCUGUAUGUUGCUCAGAGAGGCUUGCCUGGCUGCACAGACAGGCUGUGAAGUGAGUGAAAUAAUAAAAGCAACUAGGAAGGAGGGGCUAUAAAAAUGGAAAAGCCCCCCGCUUCACUGGAGUUCCCAUGGAGUUUGUACCCUGUCUUCACGCCUGUGUUGAAUUUGCUCUGCAUAUCGCAGUAUGUCUUUAUUGCUCAGAGAUUAUGCUGCCUGUUGUGAACAUAAAAUACGUGCAACCAACUCAAUUUUGUCAGACAUCUCUAGAAGAGUGGGGAAUGGCAAGAACCUGAAGUCCAAGUAGUACAGGAAUGAGGACAUUUCAGAGUAGAGCAGUUUCACAGGUUUCAGUGUUUUCCAGUCGAAACGUGGAAGAAGAGAAAAAGAACUUCUGAAUUUAAGUGAAUGCAAGCCAGUGAAAGGCUAGUGAUUAAUAUUAUCCCUCACUUUGAUGGUUUCCUGAUCUGCAGAGUGUUUUAUGGCCCUGAGCAUUUGCUGUAGUGGCAGUGCAGUGAAUUGAUCUGUGUCCAGGUUCCACUCAAACCAAAUAACUGUCUCUAAAAACUAUCUGUCUUCUUCAUGGUUAUUCUAAUAUGCUGUAGCAUCCAGAAAGCUUCUGAUCAGCUUGGUAAAAGUCAGCACUUAGAGAAAAACAUAUCUGUUUUCUUUUUUGUUUUUUUUUUUAAAUCUUGUGGCACAAAUCUCCAGAAAACAGCUAUAGCCACAGCUGUGUAGCAGGUCAACAUACCCAGCUUUUAAUUUUAUUCCUCCCAGAAACCUAGUAAUCGAAAAUAUUUUGCUUACCCGGUCUAUGCACAUACAAGAAGACAACCUAGAUUCCAGUCUCCCACUGAUCCUGUGAAUGGAAGUGUCAAAUGCAAUAGAGUUAUUGACACUGUAAGUUUAGUAGAGUUGUUACACAUUUUUAUCAGCAUAAACAAAAUCCGUAUCUCAUUUGAUAGACCUGUCCUCUGACAAGGCUGAAAUUUAAAUGCUAGCUUGUUUGGCUGCAAUUAUCGAAACUUACUAUCAGUAUUUGUGUCCCAUUGACAUGUAAAGAUUGUGUCCAGGGCUGUGCAGGGAUACUUUAUGAAACUCAGCCUGCCUUGGAGACUUGACAGCUUCAUAAGGCAAAAAAGACAAUCUAAGGAGAAGUGUUUCCUAGAGACAGUUUUCCUUUCCUAUUGCAGAUAAAUGCUGAAAACAAAUAAAAGUCAAUGGCGUGAAUUUCCCAAAGUGAGUGGAAAAUAGCAGAAGACUGAGAAAAAUGAAGCAAAACUUACAUAAAGGUGAGCAGCACUGACUCCUUCCCAACACUCUUAAGCCUGGCCUUUGGUGAAGCCAGGGAUCUGAACCCAAGCCCCCUGGUUGAAUCAAGUGCCUUACCCACAAGACCCUCUACUCUCACUGGCUUUUCUCCCACUGCUGUCCACUUCUGUGUCCUCACACAGCCCUUAACUGCAUCCUCAUGAACCUGAAAAAUAGCACCCAAAUGGGCCUUAAAAGGUCAGUUAGUCCUUUGCCCUGCACUCUUUCUUCUUCACCUCAGUCUUCCUCUGCUUUUCCCCUAGAGCUUCCCACCCCUUUCUGUUCCACUCCUCCCACUGCAGUUUCGUAUUUUUUAUCCCCAGUCCCAUUCCUGCAGCAGUGCUUCUUUUCCUUCCUUUUCCUCUCUCAGUGACCAUAUAGGUGCCUCCUUCACCCUUGCCACAACUCCUUCUCUACAUUUUGCCUCUUCCCUGUUCUUCCAUUUCCCCUCUCUCUUUGUCUAGUUUUCUGCAACCCUUUCUUUCCUUUCAAUCAAGUGCCCUUUACAGGAUAAUCUUGUACCAGUUCUACUGUGACAAAGACUACCAUGCACUGACAUCUUUGAAUUAAGUUGUCUGUACUUUUUUUGACACACUCUUUAUCUCAUACAAAAAACUCUUCCACUGCUUUCAUUCACAGCAUGAAAGGCACUUCUUGAGAAUGGUCUUUAACUAGUUGGCUGAUGACUACCUGCAAUAAAUAUCUCAUUAAAGGCUCAGCACUUUUAUGAAGGAUAAGUGCAGUUUCCCCCUCUAACUUACUUCUUUUCCUAUGCUGCCUAUUGAUAUUCAAGCUGCUAAAAUUCUCCUUGUUCUGAUGAGUCCCUGUUACACUGCUCACUGGGAUGAAUCCUUGGCUUCCACCCUGUUGCUGAUGGCCACAUGAACUAGGCUUGGACCUGUGAAUGGCACACCAUUAGGCAGGUGUGAGCACUGAUGUGUACAGAGCCACCAGCAUUGCCUCCCCAGGCUUGGAGAAGGUCCAGCUUGCUUUCAGCCAGCAUCAGAAAGUUGGUUGGAAAGAGGAGGUGCCCAUUGCCAAUGAUAAGGGCAACAGAAGGUAGGAAAGAGCCAUCCAGUUGGAGGAAGAAGAGAAGUGAUGUUGGCCAGCUGGAAGGUGGUGGUGGAAUAGACAAAAUCAGCAACGAGGGAAGACCAUGCUUGUAAGCAUAUAUUAAGAAUGGGAAAAAAAAUCAGUGUGGCAACUGGCACUUCAAUAUUUACAGCAUCAUCCUUCAUGCUGAAAUACGUGCAAUAACGCAGGGCAGAGCAAGCAUGGGUGCACACAAGUGUGAGUUUAAAGUAAUGACUGUAGCUUCUGUGGGGCUACUGCAUACUGCUACCAGUAGGAAUGAGAUCAGAUCUUGGCUCUGGGUCUCUGUUUCCAAAUAGUGCGAAGGAUGAGAGGAGAACAGUCUCUAUCCAGCUGGAAAGUGGCAGCCCUAAAUCAGGCCACAAAAUAAAGCAACUCCUCCUCACACUUUCAUUUUUUUUUCUUUAAAUGCUGCUCUGAGCUCUCUUCCAACUCCUCAGCAUUACCUUCCAGGGCUGGUGAAGCAUGUACAGGGCUUUUUUGAUGUGUGUGCAGCUAUCAGUUUUUGUAUUGCUAAUUGGGCUCAAAGAUUGUUAGCUUUGAUUUUUAAUGUUCUGUAAUUUGCUAGAUAAGCCUCAGUUUCUGCAGCAACUAUAUAGGUAGGGUAUCUUUCAUCAUAUCUUGCAGAUAUUUUAUAACACUGGAAUCUUUUGUAUAUCUGCUAACCUUGAAAGGUGAAUGACAGCUCUUUCCUGGUACUAUACAGCCUUAGGAGUAGAUACUUUGCAACAGGUACCAGAUAACAAGGGAUGAUACAGUUUUUCAAGCAUAUAUAAUAUCUACUAGAGACAGUAAAAGCUGACUAGACAAUUUGGUUACAAUCAAGAGUUCAAACUCACAAUCUUGCAUUCUGACACUCCCAAAUUUAUUACAGUCUAGACCACUUACUCUUGAUAGGCACCACAUUAGGAAAACACAUUUGUGACUGCUGUCAUCCAAAUCCCAUGUGAGAUAACAGGAGCUUGUCCAGCACAUGGCACAGAAAGAUCAGUUCACGUAUAGUAGCUCACCAAGAUUCCUUCACCUGCCAGACUAUAUAUUAAAAUAGAAUGUAAAUAACUAGCUUUCCUAUUUAUUAAAAGUGUGCUGUCAUGAUGAGAUUAUGGGCUUGAAUGAUGCUGAUGACUCAAACUAUUCUAUGAUUCUGUUCUAUGAUUCUAUGACUUGAUGUGAGGUGUGUAUUAGGCUGAGGACCUGUGAAAGUCCCUGGCUCAGAUUGUCCUCCUCCUUUCAUUGUCCUGUGCGGUUUUACUUGGCACUACCACUCUGGUGUCACCAGGCUCCUACUCUAUUCCUGCUGGCAAAAGGCAGCUGGGUUUGUUUAUUUAUUUGUUUAUUUAUUUAUUUAUUUAUUUAUUUAUACUGGCAGUACAGCAUUGCCAAGAGCAGCCCCAUGGGCUGUGACAGGAGUGAUGCUACCUGAGUGCCCCCUUGGAAAGAAAAGACCCCAUUGACUCGUCUCAUUGCUCUCCCACCUGUAUCCCCAAUCCAUAGCACCACAAGGUGCCUGAGCACUUCCUGCUGUGUAAAUCUUCCUCACUACUUCUUUCCUGAUGCUGGUAUAGAUCCAGAUCAUCCCUACCAGCAUCAGUGCUAGACUACCCACGACACACUCACUGAUGAGAGAACAGUCAGGGUUUCUGCAUUCAUCUUUUACACAUCCUUGCCUUAGCACUGUUUUGUUUUGCUUUCUUUUGAUGAGGAACAAGAAAGCAUCUUAGCCUGUGAGCAGUUUCAAGGCCUCCAUGCAGCAAUGCAAUUCUGUGCCAGUCAAUGCCAAGCCUGAACAUUUGUAUCAUUGCCAUAAGUCUUAAGCUUUGUCUCAAGCUGAAUGCUUGACAUUCUGAAUAUAGGUAAUUUCUGAUUCUGGAAAGCCUAAUCUUCAAUCUGCUGUCCACUCAUUUUACUUAGCACCAUAUUUUAAUAUUAUUUUUCUCUCAUUGUCAGGAGAUAAUAAGCAAUUUGGGUUGCUUAGAUGCUAACAUAGAUUUAGAUGCCCACAACUCUUCUUAAUACAAGCCUUCUCCAUUUUUGACCAAAAAGUGUUUCUAAAGGUGGCAUACAGGAUAUAUUGUUAAUUAUGCCAGGAUUACCAUAUGAUGAUAACAAUUGUCAGGAAAAGACAUCUGCCCCUUAGUUCCACUUACUGGUAAAACAAUGCAAACCCUUUCAUACUUUGUUGUUUCUCAGCUGUCAAAUCCUUCCGCAGUAAAUCCUCUCUAACAGUGAACAUUGCAUUAUAUUGAAUAGCUUUGCAUUCACUUUGCCAAUUUGCAAACAUGGAAGAGCUGAGGUUAAAUGAAUGUGGAACUUACAAGUAGGGAUAACAUGUGAAUAAAAUGCCUGGAGUCCCAGGAGUGCCUCGAUUAUGACAAACAGUGUAUUAGUAUUGCUCUCACCCUGCCUCAAAGGGUUUAUUGAAGUGAUUUGUCUUCAGCUGUGGACAUGUGUGCCUUUCUAUGUGUAUGUACACACUGGUCUGAUGUAUGUACACAGAUAUGCACCUGCCCACCAUAUGUACACCUCGUACAUAUUCAUGCAUCUGAGCCAAAUAAUAACUCAAUUUAGCAUGUUCUGAAUGAGUGGGUCCAAUAUAUUCAUUCUUCAUAUGUACAGUGUUUCAAUACAUGUGCAGCCAGUUACCAAAUACAGUGUCAAACUAUGAUUCUUUUUCUAUUUCUUCAGACAUUGUUCUGUAUUAACUACAAAUUAUUCCUUCCAGUGGAUUCUCUGUCGCUAUUUAGAGGCAUGUGUUAAUGUAUAGCAGUAUAUUGCCUGUUCUGUGUGCUGUAUGAUACUGUUUGCAUCUUAAAUAAGCUGAGUAUUACUGGUCUAAAUGUUCUUAAUUUUGUACAGCAGACUUUUGCUUGGGUUUCACAAUUUGAUGGAGUAUGUUUAAGAAUGUAGUAUGGAAGGGGACCGGAUGUGAUAAAGUAAAAUGGUCCUAAAUCUUCAGAUUUAUGUUUCAUAGAAAAAGCCAGUACUUUCUUUUACUAUUACAAAAUUAUUUCUGUAUUUUUUAAUAAAGAAUUGGAUUUACUUGGUUCUAUGUAUGUUUUCUCUAAUAAACCUUAUUUUUAAAAUAAG